UGUUCGGGUCCGAUACAUGUGGCCUGGUAGGUCAGACGGAGGUCGCAUUUCAAAAGAUACGUUUCGGAUUCAAGACCACAUAGCCAAGUGGCCUGGGUCGCAUUUGAAAAAAAACGGAUCUGUGUCGUUCAGACUGUCAUUAAAAGAUCAGAGACAUGUAAUAUGGGGCAAAAAAAAAUUGGAAUUGGGUCGUUUCAGCCUGCAGUGUGAACGUAACCUUAGAGCCUUGUGGAUACAGACUAGAAAAGUAUUCUGUUAGGAAAAGGAAAGAGUCUUAUGUCAUGGCUGACAAAGGAAACCUGAGCCGGAAUCUUUCUGUUUUACAAUCACACAGCAUUCAAAAAAUGUAGUUCAUAAUUCAAAGUAUUCUUUAAGUCAUGAACUUUUUCAAAAAAAUAAUUUACCAUUAUUGCUAAUUUUGGUUCUAUUUUCUUAAACCAAGCAGAAGUCCAUGGAUCUGGCAGCAGGUCUCGUCUCUUGCUGGUGUGUUUGGGGAUCAUUUGUUUCAUCUUGUGCGCCAUCAUCAUCAUCUGCGUCAGUUACUUCGCCAUGGAAACAAAGAAACUGAAGCUAAAUCUCAGUGACCUGAAAGCAAAAAAUGAGCAACUGACUUUGGAGAAGAGAGAUUUACAAAACCAGACUGAAGAUCUGAGGACGAAUAUGACAAAACUGACUGCGGAGAAGAUGUUCUUUGAGAACCAAACCAAGGAGAUGACGGUUAACAUGACAAUCCUACAAAACCAGACUGAAGAUCUGAGAAUGAACAUGACAAAACUAGAGAAUCAGACACAGCAGCUGACUGCAGAGAAGAUCUUCUUGAAGAACCAAACCAUGGAGAUGACGGAUAACAUGACAAUCCUACAAAACCAGAACGAGCAGCAGAGAAACAACAGAGACAAACUCAGCAAGAUCCAGGCAGCAAUCAUCAGAUACUCCAACUUUUCAGCUGAUCUCUUCUGCCCUGAUGGAGUUUGUCAGACGUGUCCCAAAGACUGGAUUCAGUUUCAGGAAAGCUGCUAUUUUUUUUAUAACUUAAACUCUCCGUGGAAAACAUGGGACCAAAGCCGACAGUUUUGUCAAAGCAACAAAUCAGACCUGGUGGUUAUCAGCAGUCUUGAGGAACAGACAUUCAUCAAAAGCAAAAUAAAAUACUACUAUGACACCUUGCACGGAUACUGGAUUGGUUUACAAAAAGUGAACAACAUCUGGAUCUGGGUGGAUGGCAGUCCAGACACACUUGGGUACUUGAAUAACCCAGGGAGCUCAGACAAUUUUACAUGUAUAAUCCAAAAUGCAACUUUGACCCAGAGCUGGAUCCAAAACAGAAAUGGCUUUUUGAACAGAUUCAUCUGUGAGAUUAAAGCUUUAAUUUUCUGAUCAGUUAAACUGAA